GUUUUACCGCCACGAUGCUUCUCUGCUGUUGUGCAAUAACGAAUAGAUGCUGUGAAAAGAAGACCGAUUUCUGCAACAAAACUUGUAUAAUGGUUCAUGCAAUAAACAUCAUCGUCUUCAUAUUGAUUGGACUCGGAGUCUUCUUCUUCUACACUACAGUGGAUAAUCCAGAUCCAGUCAUCGUCCUCAUCCUCAUUCCAAGUCUUGGCUGCUGCUAUAUAUUCUCAAAAUGUUGCGUCAUUCACAUCUACUACAAAUACGAAACGGGGCGGUUGGACGAAAUUGAACGAAGAAGAAAGGAGAAGAAAAAAAAGAAGGCAGAAGAAGAAAAAAAGAAGAAUGAAAAGUACCAGCAAGAACUCAACGAUGUCAUCGACGAAUAUAUUGCAGCGACCAAGGACUACGAGGUAAGGAAUAUUUUUUAUUAA